AUGCGGGUGGCCAAGUGGCUGACCGGGCUGCUCUGCCCGAUCUCGCUCCUCCUCACUGGGUCUUGGGAAGUUCGUUUCCACCCACGACAGGAAGCCCUGGUGAAGACUCUGGCCUCCUACGAAGUGGUGACCCCCGCGAGGGUCAAUGAGUUCGGAGAUGUGUUCCCCCAGAACCGGCAUUUCAGCCGGAAGAAACGCAGCUCCGGGGUACCGGAGCCUCCUCCGCUCAGGACCCAUUACCGCAUCAGCGCCUAUGGGCAGCUCUUCCAGCUCAACUUGAGCGCAGAUGCGGCCUUCCUGGCUGCGGGCUACACCGAAGUGCACUUGGGGACCCCUGCGCCCCGGCCAGGCGGCCGCAGUGCAGAGCCCCCAGACCUGCGCCACUGUUUCUACCGUGGUCAGGUCAACGCGCGAGAGGACCACACUGCGGUCUUCAGCCUCUGUGGGGGACUGAUGGGAACGUUCAGAGCGCAUGAUGGAGAAUAUUUCCUAGAGCCAGUCAUGGAAGCCGAUGGGCGUGAGCAUGAAGAUGACCACAACAAGCCACAUUUGAUAUACAGGCAAGAACUAAACAGGAACUCCUUGGCACGCUCUCAUGAACCCUGUGAAGUCUCAGAAAACCAAACGAAGAAAACCGCUCUGCCCCCUCGCAACUUCAGCAGCAUGACCGGAGAUGUUAGCGUGAAGAGGGAAGUGGCGGUGGCAUUCAGAUUGGACGGUGAAGGGAGUCGGUUACAUUCCAGGCACAAGCGCUUCCUCUCCUACCCCAGAUACGUGGAGGUCAUGGUUACGGCCGAUGCUAAGAUGCUGCACCAUCACGGCCAGAAUCUGCAGCACUAUGUGCUCACACUGAUGUCAAUCGUCGCGGCAAUCUACAAGGACUCAAGCAUUGGGAACCUUAUAAAUAUAGUGAUCGUGAAGUUAGUUGUAAUUCACAGUGAGCAGGAAGGACCAGUCAUCAGUUUUAAUGCAGCAACCACAUUACGCAACUUUUGCUUGUGGCAACAGACUCAGAAUGUUCUGGAUGAUGCUCACCCUUCCCACCACGAUACUGCUGUUCUCAUCACUAGGGAAGACAUUUGUGGAGCUAAAGAGAAAUGCGACACAUUAGGCUUAGCGGAGUUAGGCACCCUGUGCGAUCCUUUGCGGAGCUGCUCCAUUAGUGAAGAGAACGGGCUGAGUGCCGCCUUCACCAUCGCCCACGAGCUUGGGCACGUGUUUAACGUUCCACAUGACGACAGUUUUAAAUGUAAAGAAGCUGGGAUUAAACAUCAGUAUCAUGUAAUGGCCCCAACUCUCAAUUACCACACAAGUCCUUGGACCUGGUCAGCAUGUAGUCAGAAGCAUAUAACGGAGUUUCUAGACACUGGCCAUGGAGAAUGCCUUCUUGACAAACCAAAUGGGAGAAUAUAUGACCUGUCUCCACAGCUUCCUGGCUCAGUGUAUGAUGGGAACAGACAGUGUGAGCUAAUGUUUGGUCCUGGAUCACAAGUGUGUCCCUAUUUGAAACAGUGUCGGCGCCUGUGGUGCACCAGCGCGGAAGGCGUCCACAAGGGCUGCCGCACCCAGCACAUGCCGCUGGCGGACGGGACGAGCUGCGGCCCUGGGAUGCACUGCCACCGCGGGCUAUGUGUGACGAGGGACGUGGAAGCCCGUCCUGUGGACGGCGAAUGGGGGCCGUGGGGACCCUACAGCUCUUGCUCAAGAACGUGUGGAGGUGGAAUCAGAAGCACGACCAGGCUCUGUGAUCGUCCCGAGCCAAGAAACGGAGGAAGGUACUGUGUGGGCCGCAGGAUGAAAUUUCGAUCAUGUAACACUGAUUCAUGUCCAAAAGGCAAGGGAGACUUCCGAGAAAAGCAAUGCUCUGACUUUGAUGGUAAACAUUUCAACAUCAACGGCCUCCCCCCUAACGUGAGGUGGCUUCCGAAGUACAGUGGGAUUGCCAUAAAAGAUCGCUGUAAACUCUACUGCCGGGUGGCUGGGACCACCAGCUUCUACCAGCUGAGGGACAGAGUUGCUGACGGCACCCCCUGUGGGACUGAGACUAAUGACAUCUGUGUUCAGGGCCUUUGUCGGCAAGCUGGCUGCGAUCAUGUGUUGAACUCCAAGGCCAAGAGAGACAAAUGUGGAGUGUGUGGUGGAGAUAAUUCUUCGUGCCAGACCCUGGCGGGGGUUUUCAACAGUGCCCACUAUGGUUACAACGUCGUCGUGAAGAUUCCCGCCGGGGCCACGAACAUUGAAAUCCUGCAGCACAGCUACUCUGGAAGACCGGAAGACGACAACUAUCUUGCACUCUCCGACACCCACGGGAACUUUCUCCUGAAUGGAAAUUUUGUUGUAAGUAUGGCAAAGAAAGAAAUCAACAUCCAGGGAGCUAUUUUUGAAUACAGUGGAUCAAACAACUCGAUUGAAAGGAUUAAUAGCACUGACCGGCUGGAAGCUGAGCUCGUUCUGCAGGUGUUAUGUGUGGGUAAUUUAUACAACCCUGACGUGCACUAUUCCUUCAACAUCCCCAUUGAGGAGAGGAGUAAUCUGUUCUCCUGGGAUCCAUAUGGGCCGUGGCAAGACUGUACCAAAAUGUGCCAAGGUCUUCGUAGAAGAAAGAUUGCCUGCGUACGUAAGAGUGACCACGCAGUUGUAUCUGAUCAAAGUUGUGCCCACUUAGCGAUGCCGCUGUUUGUGACUGAAAAGUGCAAUACAGAUUGUGAACUCAGGUGGUACGUCACCGGCAAAAGCGACUGCUCAUCCCAGUGUGGCCAAGGACACAGGACCCUCGACGCCCACUGCAUGAAGUACUCCAUUCAUAGAGGACAGACGGUCCCAGUGGACGAUCACUUCUGUGGUGACCAGCUCAAACCUCCUACCCGAGAGCCAUGCCAUGGCAGUUGUGUUGUGACAAGGUGGCAGUAUUCAGAGUGGUCCCAGUGUUCUAGGAGUUGUGGAGGAGGGGAGAAGACUCGAGAGGCCUACUGUGUAGAUGGCUUCGGCCGCCGCCUUUCUGAGCAGCAGUGUCAGGAGCUUCCUCGGGUGACGCUUGGGGACUGCAAUGAGUUUCCUUGUCCCAGUUGGGCAACUAGUGAGUGGAGUGAGUGUCCUGUCACAUGUGGAGAAGGGAUGAAGCAGCGGCAGGUUUGGUGUCAGCUGAGUGAAGACCACAUGACUGAUGGCUUCUGCAAUGCCAGCACCAAGCCCGAGUCGCUGAGUCCCUGUGAGCUCCCAGCCUGUGCUUCUUGGCACGUGGGACCGUGGGGCUCUUGCACAGCCACCUGUGGACAUGGGCAUCAGAUGCGUGCUGUUAAGUGUGUCAGUGAGCUACAUGGCACCGUGCUAGAUGACAGAGAAUGCCAGGGAGCCAGCCGGCCAAGUGACAGACAGGACUGCGUAUUUGCACCCUGCCUGGUUAUUCCAAAAGUUGGGGCCACCUCCAUACCAGCCAUUCCCCUGGGAAAGGCAGCCCAGUGGCGCCAUGGAUCUUGGACCCAAUGCUCUGCGUCCUGUGGAAGAGGCAGUCAGGCCCGUUACGUGAGCUGCCGUGAUGCCCAUGACGGGGUAGCAGACGAGUCACACUGCGCCCACUUGCCUCGGCCUCCUGAAGUGUCUCUCUGCUUCAGCCCUUGUGGAGAAUGGCAGGCGGGGAAUUGGUCACCGUGUUCGGCCUCCUGCGGACGUGGGAAAACCACUCGGCGCGUUUUAUGCAUGAACUACCACCAACUGGUUGAUGAGGGUUUCUGUGAUCCCGAAGUCCGUCCUGUGACUGAGCAAGAGUGUCGCCUGGCAGCCUGCCCGCCCUCAUACAGCCAUUUCCCCAGCUCCUCUGAGCAGCCAAGCCAUAUUCCGGGCAGAAAUGUUCCACUAACUCACAAGCCGGAAGAGAAUCAAAAUCGGGGGGUCCACCUGUCAAGCAGAGGAGACCAAUGGAGAACAGGCCCUUGGGGAGCAUGCUCCCGAAGCUGCGCAGGCGGUCUUCAGCACAGAGCUGUGGUCUGCCAGGACGAAGAUGGACGGAGCGCUGCUCACUGUGACGCGGCCUCGAAGCCCCCAGAGUCCAGGCGCUGUGGCUCUGGACCUUGUCCGCAUUGGAAUUAUGGGGACUGGGGAGAAUGCACACAGACAUGUGGUGGAGGAGUAAAAUCAAGAUUUGUGAUAUGCCAGUUUCCCAACGGCCAGAUAGCACAAGAACACAACUGUGAACUGCCCAAGCCACCUAGCAUGAUCCAAUGUCACCUGCACGCCUGCCCUGAUGACGCGUCCUGGUAUCGGGGACCAUGGAAAGCGUGCUCGGCUUCUUGUGGUAAAGGUAUAAAGCACCGGGAGGUUCUUUGCAUUGAUCAAUUUCAAAGGGAAUUAGAAGAAAACUAUUGUAGUCAUCUGCAGAAACCUCGAACUCACAAAGCUUGCCGAUCGGGACGAUGCCCUUCAUGGAAAGCCAAUAGAUGGAAGGAGUGCUCUGUGACCUGUGGGUCAGGGGUGCAGCAGAGGAAGGUGUACUGCAGACUGAGAGGCACCGGCCGAGUGGCUGAAGACAUGUGUGAUCCGUUCACCCGGCCUCAGGGGCAGCGGCACUGCUGGCAUCAAGACUGUGUGAGGUACCAGUGGACAACGGGAGACUGGCUAGAUUGUUCAACAUCAUGUAGGAAGAAAGAGACCUAUCGGCUAGUGACAUGCACGAAUGAACAAAAUUUACAAGUGAAUGAAAGUUUCUGUGACCCUGUAACAAAACCUCUUUCGAUCAAAAAGUGCAGGAAUCCUCACUGCAAGUAUGUGGUGUUAACCGGAGACUUGGCACAGUGUGCAGGUGACUGUGGGGUCACGUAUCCACAGAAGAUCACAUACUGCAUGAGGGUCCAAUCCCUUAAGAAGCACAUGCUCCGUGAGCUUCAGCCUGCAGAGUACAGGGAAUGCCCUGUGAUGCCAUCUCCUCCUGUAUACAAAUGCGAUGUCAGAAGCUGUUUGCAUGCCGCCACUUGGAAAGUGGGGAAAUGGAGCAAGUGCUCAGUAACUUGUGGAAAUGGGAUAAUGGAGCGAAGAGUAGAAUGCAGGACUGAAAACGGUUGGCCCAGUGACUUAUGUUUAAAGCGUUUAAAGCCAGAUGCACAAAAGAAAUGUUAUGCCAAUGACUGUAAAUUAUUUACCACAUGCAAAGAAAUCCAAGUUACAAACAACAUUACCAAGGAUGGUGACUACGACCUUAACAUCAGGGGAAGAAGAAUGAAGAUCCAUUGCUCAGGCAUGCAACUGGAGAACCCUAGAGAAUAUUUACCACUGGUCAAAGGUGAUGACAACUUUUCAGAAGUAUAUGGCCUUAGACUUCAAAAUCCCUAUGAAUGCCCGUUCAAUGGGAGCCGGAGGCAAGACUGCCCGUGUAAAGAUGACUACCUACCUGCUGGGUACACUGUUUUCAGCAAAGUCAGAGUCGAUCUCACUUCCAUGCAAAUCAAAACUACAGAUCUUCUUUUCUCCCAGACACUGUUUGGAAAGGCGAUUCCAUUUGCCACAGCUGGAGACUGCUACAGUGCUGCCAGAUGCCCACAGGGGCAGUUCAGCAUUAAUUUAGCGGGAACCGGGAUGAAGAUUUCCAGCACAGCAAAGUGGCUUGCUCAGGGGAGGCAUACCUCCGUCAUCAUCCACAGAUCUCAAGAUGGAACCAAAGUCUACGGCAGAUGCGGAGGGUUCUGCGGGAAAUGCAUUCCUCACAUGGCUACGGGGCUCCCAAUUCAAGUACUCUGAACAUUUCAAAACUUGGAAGAACCGCAAAAGGGGUACUCCAAAAACACAGGUGCUUGGUGCUCCCUUCUCACUCCUGGCUUCCUGACGCUUCCAUGUUCACCGUCUUCUUGUCUGGGUGCUUAUCAGGG